AUGUCUUCCCCCAACAUAGAGCAGACAGAAGGCAGCGGGCCUGAUGACUCUUCCAUUAGGCCCGUUUCCUCCCUCCUUGCUCGAUUCGAGAAUAUGAACAAGGCCGGCCCGGCGCAACCUCAGCCUGCUUCCGCUCCCAGUGCUGCUCCAGUGCCCCCUCAGUCGCGCAACGCCUCGCCUGGGCCAAAGCCGGAACGGCUGAAGAGCCUUAAGCCAGCGCAAGAGACCCCGAUGGCUCCCGCUAAACCGCCGAACCUGAAAGACCGAGCUGCUGCAACGGCUUCCCCAGCGAACCGAGAUCGAGGGCCCCCGGCGCCACCGCCUCCUCUCUCGACGCGGCCGCCUCCGCCUGCUGUGACGAAACCCCCGGUGUCCAUUCACCCGCCUGCAGUUACGGUUCAGCCUCCACAGUCGCCCCCCAAAGCCGCGCUGAAUAGCCUUCCGGGGGAGCAAUCGCCCUUCCUCGACCCCGUCACCGUAUCUUCUGCCACGUCGAGUCGAUCCCCUACGCCGCUUAGGAUAUCAAGUCGACCGCUUACUCCAACUGGCAGUGGUGGUGGUAGUGGUACUGGGACGCCUCGAUCUCCAAAGCAAGGGAAUACGAAGGCUCCGUCGCCGCCGCCUCCUAGGCGAUCAGGCGAGCUCAAGCGAGAGAAGGAAUGGAAGCCUGCGCCGCCACCGCCGCCGGCCCCGCGAUCAGAGAAGGCGCUGAUGAGAGCAAAUACCGUGAUGGAGACGAGAGGCAGACCGGUGACGAAGAGAGCCAACCGUUCUCAAGAGUCGUCCCCUUUCGACGGCGCAUCGAGAAACCCCGAGCCCAAGUUUGGAGACAACCCGCCAGAGCUGCCGUUGCGACCUAGGCCACAGCAACAGAGCGAUGCGCCAAGUAGGACAAAGCAGCUCGCGGGAGCAUUCGAGCAGCCAGCCACAACCCUCCGCCCUUCCAUGUCUGUGCGGAAACCAGCACGAGAGGGAGAGCUCAAUGGCUUUGCCAGGGCUCCGAUGACCCCUCAACUGACCGGCGACGCUCGCCCUGCCUUGCCAGCAAGGCCCCAAACCACCGACAUACCCCCUCAACCACCAGCAAAUAACGGAAUGAAGCCACCUCCUAAACCUCCGCGGCCAGCGGGGCCCAGCAGCACGCAGACCGUUGCCGCUUCAUCUGUUUCCCAGCCACAGCCUUCAGUACCUAACGCGAACCGAGUCGUUUCCAAUCCGCUGGCCCAACAAGCACCCCUAAAGGCACAAGGACGGACCAAAACAAUGGACUUUGGGGCAGCAGAACAUGCCGCUUCGGACGUUCGUGCCCCCUCAGCACCGGCUGCAGCCCCAGUAGUAAAUCAACCCACGGCACCCAUUGUAAAUGAGGGAGUCGCAUCAAGAUCUGAGCCCCCAACUCAAAUCACAGCGUACCCCGACAGCUCAAGCAUCAACCGGCGGCCUCCCUACAUCAAGAAGGGUUGUUAUGACAUCCAGCCAAAGUAUGAUCCUCGCCUAUUUGACGUUUGCGGGCAGUAUGUCUGCACCACCGGCCCCUUGACCCGAGUAUGGAGCCUUCUGGACGGAGAACAGAUUGUCAGUCUGGCGCAUACGGAGGGUGUCAAGGCCACCGCUGUGUCUUUUAAGCCAUGUGCGGAUCCUGAUCAUGAAGGCUCCAAGGUGUGGAUCGGGACCAACCUGGGAGAGAUUAUGGAGGUUGAGAUCCCGACACAGCGCAUACUGAUUUGCAAAGCGGGUGUUCAUGGCAAGUCGGAAGUCACAAAGAUAUAUCGACAUCUUAACGAGAUGUGGACUGCCGACGAAGGCGGCAAUCUCCACGUCUGGGGUCCCGACGCCGACGGAGAACCAAAUUUGAACAACUACCCGCACCAGACAUUCAAGAUACCCAAGGGCGAAACCUUCUCGAUGGUUGUGGGGGACGAGCUCUGGCAAGCGACUGGAAAGCAGCUACGGGUGUUUGCUCCCACGCGAGACAAUCGCACCCCAUUCCAGGUCCUUGUGAGACCAGUCACGGUAGAAGGAGCUGGAGACAUCACCUCAGGAACGCUGCUGAAGAGCUACCCCGGCAAGGUCUUCCUGGGGCACGCUGACGGAAAAAUCAGCAUCUUCUCUACAUCCGACUAUUCUUGCAAGACGAUUGUCAACGUCACCACCUGGAAGAUCAAUACGAUGGCCGGCGUUGGCCAGUACCUUUGGGCAGGAUACAACACUGGAAAGGUGUGUGUCUACGACGUUGCUCAGACGCCGUGGGUGGUGUUGAAGGAAUGGCAGGCGCACGACAACACCGUUCUCAAGAUGAAGGUAGAUUUUGCCAGCGCGUAUCAGCUAGACCAGUUACAGGUCGUCUCCCUGGGUGCAGAUAGCCGUGUCAAGGUGUGGGACGGCCUGCUGCAGGAUGACUGGCUUGAAGACGAGAUGAAGUCCAAAGACACGACAUAUUGCGACUUUGAAGAGAUCAAAGCGCUCAUCUUUACGUGGAACGCCGGUGCUUCCACCCCUCAUAGUCUCCGGUACUCUGACGGCGACGCCACCUUUUUCCAGAACCUCUUGCAAUCGAGCGGCUCUCCCGACAUCUUGGUGUUUAGUUUCCAAGAGCUGGUAGAUUUGGAGGACAAGAAAGCGACUGCAAAGCGGCUGCUCAAGUCGAAGAAGAAGGAGGGCCCAGACCAGGAGCGAAUGAGCCACCAGUACCGAGACUGGCGGGACUUUUUGGUCAAGACGCUGGACGAUUACAUGCCGGCAGAUCACUUGUAUCAUCUCCUUCACACUGCACCCAUGGUGGGACUCUUUACUUGCGUCUUCGUCAAGUCAACGCUGGGGGGCAGGAUCACGCAAGUCAGGGGCGCAGAGGUGAAGCGAGGCAUGGGAGGUCUGCAUGGCAACAAGGGCGCAGUUGCUGUUCGGUUCCAGGUGGACGACACGUCUCUCUGCUUCGUCAACUGCCAUUUGGCGGCCGGCCAAACGCAGGCCAGCUCCCGGCAUAACGAUGCAGCAGCCAUACUCGAGGCCAGCCUGUUCCCAGAGGAGCGCGAUUCCGAGGUUCGGAUCAACACAUACAGCGGUGGUGGAGACGGCUCCCUGAUUCUCGACCACGAGCUUUGCAUUCUCAACGGCGAUCUCAACUACCGCAUCGACACCAUGUCGCGGGACACGGUAGUCAAGGCCGUCGAGCAAAACAAUCUGGCCAAGCUCCUUGAGCGAGACCAGCUGCUUGUUGCACGCCGCCGCAACCCAGCUCUACGACUGCGAGCAUUCGAAGAACUGCCCAUCACCUUUGCACCGACGUACAAGUACGAUGUGGGAACCGACACGUACGACACCAGUGAGAAGCGAAGGAGCCCUGCGUGGUGUGAUCGCUUACUGUUCCGAGGACGCGGUAGAGUACAGCAGUUAGACUAUAGACGACAUGAGGUGAGGGUGAGCGAUCACCGGCCGGUCACUGGAGAUUUCCGACUUUGGGUCAAGAAGAUUCGGCCAAAGGAACGGGCGGCAGCAUGGAUGCAGUGCCAGCAAGGGUUUGAAGACGUACGGCAAAAGGAGUUGGCAGAGGACAAACUUUAUUAUCUGACAGAAAUCUGCGGGUUUGACGUGGCAACGAGCCGGCAACUAAUACAAGAAAGAGCAUCACGAAGACCAUAA